AAAAAGUAAGAUAUAGUAGUGAAAGUGAAAAAAAAAAUAUCAUGGUGGUUAUGAUAAUGGGUUCAUAUGGAGGGUGGAAGAAAGGGCCAUGGACUCAUGAAGAGGACAAGUUGCUCACUGAAUAUGUCACCUUGCAUGGGGAGGGUAGGUGGAGUUCUGUGGCCAAGUUCACAGGUUUAAAUAGGAGUGGCAAAAGUUGCAGGUUGAGAUGGGUGAAUUAUUUGAGGCCUGGUCUCAAGAAGGGUCAAUUAACACCAAUGGAAGAAGGAAUAAUAUUUGAAUUGCAUGCUAUUUUGGGAAACAAGUGGUCUACAAUAGCAAGGUACUUGCCAGGUAGAACUGAUAAUGAGAUCAAGAACUAUUGGAGAACCCACUUCAAAAAGAAAGAGGAUUCCAAGCAUAACAAGAAGCUAAAAAAGAGAAGAUCAAAGGUCACAAAAGAGCAAGUAGUAAUGGAGGACACCAACAAAAGUAAUAAUAAUAAUGAAAAUACCAAAUCCUAUGAUGAUGAGACAAAAGAAAACUACUACAAUGAUCAACACAAUAAUAUGGGGUUUAUUUACCCUAAUAAUAAUAAUCCAACAAAGUUAUUAGAGCAGCAACAAAGCUUCCCUUUGAUGCACCAAGAUUAUUUAUCAUCAUCUUCAUGGCCAGAUACUACAACAGCAGAUUAUGAUGCCUUGUGGUUUAGUUUAUGGGACUUUGAUGUACCACAGGGCUUUGAAGAACAUGUUAACAACCUCACCAAAUAUGUGCUCCCAAACCAAGCUACCUUUGGAGAUGUUUUUCAGGGUAUUAUUUUAGUUUGACAGAUCAAAAACUACUUCGUCGCAUAUCUAAAAUUUCUUUAAGAGUUUAUUAUUGGUCAAUAAUAAAUUGCUGCAUACAUAAGACGAAAUUUAAACAUACACAUAUCAUAUUCAGUCAGUCACACAAUAAAAUUAGAUGUAUGCAUUAAUUUUAAUGUAAUUGAAGCUAAAUAAAUAUAUUAUAUUUGUCAAAAAAAAGAACUCAGCUAGGAAAAAUGCAUCUAUAUAUAAAGAGCAAUGUUAGGGGCCAGCAAUUUUUGUAAUUGUUAGCCAUCAACUAGCCAUCAAUAAUGAUUUGUUGGUGUGAGAUUGGUGUGAGAUUUCAUCCAAUGGCUCACCUUCUUCUGCUGGUUAUAUGCUGGCCAAAAUUCAAUAAAACUGCUGGCUCCCUAGACUUUUCCAUAUAUAUAUAUGUAACAUAUGUAUGUAUCUUUUGCUAUUAUAUUGCAGCUGGUUCAUAUAAACUAUAUGAUGUGUUUGAUGAAAAUUUGUU